AUGGUAAACAAAACAUUACAGACCACCAGGGGGCCUCAGUCCCACAGCGGGACAGCCAGCUCUGGGUUUGCCUUCACCCUGAACCCUCCCACCCCAGUCAAGCUGUCCCACCCUGCCUCCUCUCCCUCCUCUUCUUCUCCUCCAUCUCCUGCUCCUUCUUCUCCUCCCUUCUGGCCCCCACAGGCCCACCUGGACUCCCAGUCAGCUUUCUCCCUCCAUGAGGGGCGGGAGGAGGCGCCGGGGGCCCUGGAUGUGGACCCCCAGCCUCUUCAUCUUAAUUCACCUGAGAACCUCAGGGACCUGGGACAACGAACUUGCCAUGAUGUGUCAACUUUAACAGACCUUUGUUCAAACCUGCCAGAGUUGGAGAUAGUGAGCCUCCUAUCAGAGGGUCAGCCCAACUACACUCUUCGAGCAGACAGUGUGUUUGGAUACGACAAUGACGACUGGCUGCACACCCCUCUGCUGCCACCAACAGUCGUUCUGGGACUCACACACGAGCAGAUUGAAGAGACGCUCAAGUACUUCUUGCUGUGCUCAGACAGAGUGGGUCAGGUCACCAAGACGUAUCAUGACAUUAAGGCAGUCACCCACCUGCUGGAGGAGAAAGAGCGGGAUCUCGAGUUAGCAGCACGAAUCGGUCAAUCCCUCCUGAAGCAGAACCUCGAACUAACCGAACGCAAUGAAAUGCUCGACGAACAGCUUGAAAUUGCAAAGGAAGAGAUUGCUCAACUUCGCCAUGAGCUCUCAAUGCGAGACGACCUCCUUCAGUUCUAUGCCAGCACUGAGGAGAUCGAGAAUGCUGAAUUGCGCUCACCAAUCAAAAGGAACGAAUCCUGCAGCUCUCUCAGCAACUUGGUCCACCACGACUUCCUGCAGCAUAAACUGAAGGGUUUAGAGGACGAGAACCGCAAACUGAGAUUAGAGGCCAAUGAGCUCACAACAGAGACGGCCAACUACGAGGAGCAAGAACAGGAGCUGAUGAUGGUGUGUGUAGAAGAACUCUCAUCCGUCAAUAAGCAGGUAGUCGACCUGUCAGAGGAGCUAGCUCGGAAGGUCGAGGACUCUUUCCGACAACAGGAGGAGAUCAGCUCACUGCUCGCUCAGAUUGUUGACCUGCAGGCCCGUUGCAAAGGGCUCACCCAUGAGAAUGAGGAGCUGAACCAACACCUGAGUGCCUCUCGUGAGAGCCAGCUUAAUCUUCAAUCAGAGCUCAAGGACCUGCGGGACAAGUAUUCGCAGUGUGAGGACAUGCUCUGCGAGGCCCGAGAGGACAUUAAGAACUUGAGGAAUAAGAGCCUGCCCAACAGCACGGUGCAGCGGUACACUGCGCUGGCCUCUGUCCUCCCCAUGGACUCACUGGCAGCCGAGAUAGAGGGCACCUUCCGCAAAGGCCUGGACACUCCGGCACCCUCAGAGUACAAGAACCACCCGUGGCGUGUGUUUGAAACUGUGAAGGUGGUGAACAAGGUGGUGAACAAGGCCGUGAGGCUGCGGUCUCAGUGCCACUCCCCGGGGCUGCCAGGCUCCAGCCCUGUGUCCAUUCGCUCCAGCUGUACCAGCACCCCCCGUACCAGCUACUAUGGCUCAGACAAUGCCAGCCUUACUCUGGAGGACAAGCCCAGCUCCAAUAGUGCUCAAAAGGAAGACAACAGUGUUAGUGGGCCAAAGCGUCUGGGCCAGCCAGGCACACCAGGGGGCCAGGACCUCGAGGCAGCCUUGCGCAGCCUCUCAGCCCGCCAGCAGAACCACUCCUCUGAGCGGCCUUUCUUUGAAGUGGAGCGGGAGCGUAAACUCCAUGCCCUGGCAGCAGACUGUGAAGAGGGCGAGGGCUCCAGUGGCUUCCUGACACCAAAUGACAGCCUGGUCUCCAGCCCAGCAGCAUCGACAGGCACCAACUACUCCAAUGGCAGCUCACGGCCGUCCUGUGGCUCCUCAGGAGGAUCCAGGUCCUACCUGCCUGACCGCCUGCAGAUUGUCAAACCUCUGGAAGGCUCGGUGACUCUGCACCAGUGGCAGCAGUUGGCCAAACCAAACCUGGGAGGCAUCCUACAUCCACGUCCGGGCGUCCUAACUAAAGACUUCAGGGAGCUCGAGGUCGACUUACAACAUGUCUACAGUCUGAACGACCUGGAGGAGGAUGAACCGGACCUGUCGCAGCUCUCUGGGGCACAUGGCAUGGUCUCUCCAUCCGGUCCCAACCUCCCUCAGACCUCUCCCACACAUACCAUAACCACCUGCCAAGUCCUCCAACCCUCCCUUCUCAUCCCCUCCUUCUCCACUAGCCUUCGCUCUUUCGGCCUGCCAUCUUGUCGGAACUGUGAGCUCAUGAGCACUUCAUCGUCAUCGUACCAGCAGCACUUUGGCCUGGGAGGCCGGACUACCACCACCACCACCACAGAUGUAACCACUUCAUCACUGGGUCUCCUGCAGCUGCUGCAUGAGCGUGGCAUCUCAGCCUUCCCAUAUCCCCUGCACUGCAGCCAUAGAACAAAACCUUCCCCCUCCACAGCAAAAGACAAAUGUGGAGGCUCACUAUCGGGAAAUGAGGGAAGAAAGAACAUUUUCAGUUUGAACUUGGUGGAGAAGCUUCAAGGUCUGGGGUUGCACAGAGUGGCAGCCUGGGGGACGACGGGCCGCAAGAAGGAGAGAGAAGCAGUCAGUCAUCCUCUGAAUGUUUGAUGAGGGCUGUUCACCACUUCCUCCUCUCUCAUUCACCGUAGGGACUUUACAUCCAGCCGUGGGAUCCCCACUGUGCAGUUCAGGGCCCACAGCUCUGGUGUUUUGAAAACAAAAGCCACAGAAUUUGCUAGAGCCAUACUUUAAAUUGUCUGUAGUGUACAGUAAUAUUCUUUUCUAUGAAUGUGUGUACAGUAGUUGUGUGUGUGUGUGUGUGUGUGUGUGUGUGUGUGUGUGUGUGUGUGUGUGUGUGUGUGUAUGUGUGUGUGUGUGGCAUCUUCAUCCCAAGAAAAACCUCUGAUUACCUGAUCACCAGUCUGUUUGACUGCAACCUGCAGAAAUAGCUUCUUUUUACAAAAAAAAAAAAAACGUCUUGAAGAAAAAACGUUUUAUACCUUGUUUCGUGAUUGUCAUUUUACACGUUUACCCUGCCGCUGGUUUUAAAAAAAAAACAACCUCAUCUGUCAUUUUGCUGUUUCCAAAGUGGAACAUCACUUAUGUGUAUAUAACAAAGUUGUCAUUUGGGAAAGUUAAAGUAAAAAAUAUGUGCAGUAAAUUAUUGUUAGUUGAAACCACAAACCAAUGCUGUCACACUGAAGAACUUUCAAAUGCACUAAAGUACACUCUGGUCUUCCUGCUUAUUAGCUGCUACAUUGAGAAAAGCAUGUUGUACAUAAGAUUGUCAUGUUAUACUGAAUUAAACCCUUAAGAGACUGAUCAAGAAGCAUUGCGAUGACAGAUGAUGCACUGACUGAACUGAAAAAUAUUGAUGAUGACAUCCUUCAGCUGCUCUGCAGUUCAUCUCCUGCUUUCACAUAGCACAUGUUAUGGCUGCAUACAGUACAGUGUCACCUGCAAGCUGUUGGGAUUUCUGACCUUUAUCCUGAUUAAAACCUCAACAAAAACAAAUCAGGUCUGCCAUGCUGCAUCAAAGACAGUGAAUGGGAUUUGUAUAAGCAAUAUGUAUAUAAUACUGCACUGCGAUGACUGAAAAUUCUUGCUUGUACAAAUCUGCUGCAUUUCACGUUAUCAGGAAUUUUGAAAUUGCUGGGACAUAAAUGAAAUCCGAAUAGUUUUGGGCAGCCUCAUUUAAAGACAAGCAGAAGAGUGGUCCUAAUUAUUUAAACGAUAGGUUUCUUUCAAAUCUUUCUGAACAAUCAACUGUAGCAAAAAAAAAAAAAGGCAUAGGAUACUGUGGAUAAAAAGGGAAGAAAUAAUGAACACAAGUUCUAAUAAUUUGUGUUGUGAUUUAAAUCAACCAAACUACUGUUUCUCUGCACUACUGUUUGCUCUGUCCUGUGUUAACAUCGGAGCUGUAUAAUGUGUGUGUAAAUUGUACCACCUGUGAAUAAAACUUGGCAUUUCCAUCCUU